CCGUGAUAAUUCCAAAUGGCAAGUUGACACAGUGGGAAUUCGUGGUGGAAACACUGCUCGCCAAGACCAACAAAGAGAGGAGAGGCAUAACGAUGGAAGAGAGAGGUUUGUAGUCAGCAUCUUGUUUCUUGGAGAAACAGGAAAAACCUGCAUGUACGCCAUGUACGACUUGGGUCAAGUGCCACAACAUUUGAUCGCCGAGGUUGUCAAACUCACGGUCCGGGGCCUGCAGCUUCCGAAAUUAGUUUGCCGUUCUUUGCCAAUGGCCGCGGGACUAUUGCGUGCCGGGAUUGGUCCAAGAACAAGAACGGGAAAAGAUGUCGACGUUGCCAACGACGAAGUAUUGUUUGAGCUGGCGAGGACGCAAUGUUCUAAACCUAGAGCGGUCGGCAAUGCGACUCUCUGCCGAUGACGGUGGUGGCCAGCUGCGCCGAGGUCCCGGUUGCCGCGUGUCACUGAGUCCCACUCUCGUUUCUCGCGCACACUUCCAGUAUAGCGAAAAAGGGGUGCCCGCCGGUUGCAGUAUCCGGCAUCUCAUUGCAAUGAUGCCUGCAAUCUGCAAUCUCAGCCCUCGUGGCAUCACUGACAGGCGUCAAGGGUGGGUGUCUUAUCGCUCUGCGGCCCAGCGUAAAUCUACCAACGAACGGCCCUGGACGAUCCCUAAUGCAGCACCAUGCGCACCCAGAUGGGCCCAUUACCUUGGUCGUCAUGGUUGCAUCCAUCUGAAUAGGGCCAUCGUGUCGCCGCAGAACCUCAAGCCACGGACGAACAGGACUAGCUUUGGCACCCUUGAGGGGUGGUGCGCGGCGGAACUGGCAGAUGGGCAAGUUGACAGUUUUGAGCCGCUUUGUUCUCAUACCAAAUCCCGCACUCCAUACAGUGCCACAUCAUAUGCUGGCCGAGUUGUCGCCGCAUGGGGGGCAUCGUUGAGAAGCACGAUGAGGAAGUCGACUUUGAGUCCUUGGCCCCCAUCUCCACCGUAGGUCGGUCUCCUAAGCAAAUAGAUCUUCACCGGGCCCGCUCCAGUCGCUCACACCCCUCCCUCCCGGCUCCUCUAUCAGGCUAUCACUAUCAUCACACGUACAUCUUCGUCGUGGUGUAGCUGCGGACGGCUAUCCGGAAUGGCCUUUGGGCCUUUAUGGAGGGCUCAGGGCUGCCUUAACCUACAACACCACUACCACUA